AUGUCGAUGAGGGACGCGAAGGGUGAUCCCAAAAAGAUCAGACCCCCCAAACCGAAGCCUGCAAACCCCAUCACCGUCGCCAUCCAGCAAUGGCUGGCGACUCUACCACCCGCGUCGGCGGCGGCACUCGACGGUCUUGACGCCGAGGGUCUGCUCUUGUCAGCACCCAAGCGUUUCACCAUCUAUGAACCCAUGGUGCUCCUCCCCAGCGGGAGCUUCGACAGCCCAUCAUGGCAGGCUCUCCUCUCCCAUUCUGCACUGGGCCCGGCGCACGUCAACGAUCUGUGGCACGCCCUGCUGCGGGAACUCUCCAAGAAGCAAAAAGCCCCUCUGACGCACCUGGCGGCCAAUCAAGGCAUCCCGCCGCUCGUCGCGUCCGACGCGCCAGGCGACCCCAGCAGCGACAACAUUCUCAGGUCGCCAAGCGGGCUGCGGAUGCUGUACGGCGACUUUGGCCCCGCGACGUCGCCCAGCGGCCUGCCCUCGCACGACGACUUUGCGCGGGCGUUCUGGGUUUCGACCAAGCAGAACGGCAUCUGGCAGACGUGGGCCCCACGCUGGACCAUGUUCAGCAGGGGCAACGUCAAGGAAAAGGCCCGCCUCCUCGCCUUUCACGACGAGACCGCCACGGCGGCUUUUCCCCACCGCGCCUCCGUCUCGCUUCCUUCGGGCACGGGCUCGACGGCAGCGGCGCCGUGGGCCGUCGACAUGUACGCGGGCAUCGGCUACUUCACCUUUUCGUACGCCCGGCUCGGCAUGCGCGUCCUCUGCUGGGAGCUCAACCCCUGGAGCGUCGAGGCGCUGCGGCGCGGCGCCGUGGCCAACGGCUGGGGCGACGUGCACGUGGCGCGCGGCCACGACCUGCUGCGACCGACGCGGGAGCUCGUGCCGGCGGGGGCGAGGAUCGUCGUGUUCCUCGAGGACAACGGCGAGGCGGCGCGGCGGAUCGCGGCGUGGCGGUCGCGAGACGCCCUCGACGUGCUGCACAUCAACUGCGGGCUGCUGCCGACGAGCGAGGCGACGUGGCGGCCGUGCUGGGAGAUUGUGGCGCGGGGCGCGGCGCCGGCGAGCUGGCUGCACCUGCACGACAAUGUCGCCACGGGGGCCAUUGAGGCACGGCGCGCCGACAUACAGAGCCGGUUCGACGGCUGGGUGCGGGACGAGGGGGGCGCCGCGGGCGAGGGCGUCACGGCGCGCGAGGCGCGGGUCGAGCACGUGGAGCUCGUCAAGACGUACGCGCCCGACGUGUGGCACUGCGUCUUUGAUGUGUGUAUUCUUACAAAACGUACAUGA